GUAUCCCAGUAAAAAAACCAAUUCUCAUCAACUUCUUUUUCCCUUUGUUGGGGUGCUUUGCUUUUUACUUCAUUUGAUUGGUGUAGUAGGACGGCCAGAUUCGACGUACGAGUUCGAGUCCUGCCUUUUCCAUAUACGCACAGUUAGUGCCAGUCGAUUUCUUGGCGAAGUCACUAACCAUUUCCUACUGCUCGAGACUACGCUAUUAAACAAGGCUUAGGGAAGAAUAAACGCUUCGUUGCGACUGCCUUAUGGAUUAGCCUGCCGAGUUUAUGAGCAAAUGAAUGAACUUCUCCUGACUUCUUCUGUUUCUGAUUCUCAUAUUAGUUCUAGGGAAUGGACCAAUUCAAGUUUGGAUUCAGUUAAAGAAGACAACAGGAGCGUUUCUGUUGUUUGUUUAAGUGUCAAUGACGCAGCCGUCGAAGGAAUAGGCAGUACUAGUCUGUCAAAAACAGAUGUCAUCCAUGGGCUUCAUGUGACGAAUUCGACAGUACUUCAAAAACCAGAUCAAGACACAUCAGGGGAUAAUGCUUUUGACAAAUUGGUCGACUCGUUGCGUCUUCUCAAUGAGUCCGACUCUGACUCUCUUUCAGAAGACCUUCAUGAGAGUAUAAUGCGACAUAUCAAUCCUACCACUAAUCAAAACAACAAAUCGGCUCCAAGUGCCAUAGUCCCGCCAGCAGAAAAGGAACAAAAUCUAAUUGCUAUUGAUAUUCCCAAUGCUGAAUCCGAAGCACGUUCCUCAUAUGCUCAGCGUCAUCAAUUUCGCCCGCGAAGGCCAGAGCAACAGCGGCCGUAUACAUUUGAUUACCUAAAACACAAAAUGGAAUUCAGUCGUCUUGGUUUGCAGCCUAUUGUAGUACCCCAUGGUUCCAUUGAACCACAAAAUGCUACGAAUAAACACAAACAUGUUAAGCUUUUUUCUAGAAAAACGCAUAAGGCUGUGACACAUGAUUCACAUGUCCACGUUCCUCGGAAAGCACAAUCUCAUCACCGAACCCGACGAAUAAUUCUAUCAGAUGAGGAUGAUGCUGCUGUCAUGCAUAAUUCCGAUAGCUCUCAUUCAUCCGAUACUGCAGCUUCCUCAUCUUCCGACCAAGAAAACGUACAAUCUCAAGAUCAGUUUACUACUUUGAAGCGAAAGCUUCGUGGUGUACUCCCCCCUUCGUUUCUUACCGUUGCGGCAAAGAAAACUGUAAACGAAAACAAUGACCGCCGCUACGAAAGAACACCAUCUAAUACUAUUUGCAGUACGCUGACUUCUAAGCCUGCUAAAGGUGUAGCUCGGCGAAAGCUGGGUCAUCAUAACAGCAUUUCUAUCCCCAUCAACAUUGACUCAUCAAGCAGUGAAGAGACUAUUGAAACCGCUUCGUUUAGUGUAGUUUCAGGAUCAGAAUAUGCAGAAACACCUUCGGUAGAUUUUAAAGAUGACUGGUCCGAAAACGAUCCAGUCGACGAUCUAUGGGUCAAACGGAAUGCAAGCACGCGCUCCUUGCCAGUUGCACGCGCUUCUCCAAAUACUCUUCCAAGAAAGAAACGUAAGGUUUCAAGAAUCUCUCGCUUUCCGAGAAUCAAUCUUGUUACUGUAGCUGAUAACUAUGUCCGUGAGUCUGGAAUCAAGGCACCAAAAUUUCUGCGACUUGCAGCUCGCUCUUCGCGCUUUCAUGGAAAACGACGAAGCAAACAAACUCCAGUAGGCAAGGUUUUUUUAUUUGCAAGUACCAUUGAUCAAGCUGACGUGGAUAAUGUACUAAAAAAAUGGAAAAGUGGGAGUCACCCAGCUUUACACUUGCACGCUUCUCGACAAUUAAGUGAUGCUUCAUUACCUAGGUUCAGGCGAGCAAAAAUCGCCAAGCCUGAGGUACCACAAAAACAAAAUAUUCCGCGUGACAUUGCUGGACCCGCAUUGCCACAACGAUCAGUGGUCAGAGACAGUCUGCUUCAGAAGAAGCAAACCAAACUUCAUGAUCGAAGUGAGGUCUUUGGUGUACUUGAAAGUCUUUUGACUGCAUCCAGUAGUACAACUAACGAGCAUUUGAAAGAAGGUGAAACAACUUGCAAUCGAGAAACAAUUACAUUUCACCCUGGCCAACUAUUAAGUAAAAGCGAACCUAAAGCAUCCCAUCGUCGUCGAAAAAUUAUUGCAAAGCACCACACACUAUCUUUAUUCAGUGCUUUCAAAAAGUCAGAAAGUCACAACGUAGAAAGACAAGUAACGCUCCCGAAACUUUGGAGCCGAGGUACUAAUUGGUCAACAACGUUUAAUAUUAUCCCCAUACAAAAUGGAAUAUCGCUUCCUGCAGACUCAUUUAUCCGACAAGGUGGCCUUGCUGCUAUCCUAAAAAAUGACUUAAGCUUGCACCCAUUACGGAGUGUUACGUGCUUUUCCACUUUCUUUUCCAUUACUCAUCCGCUCGAGUCUACCAUAGAAUCCGCAAAAUCGUGCCUAGUUAUGAUUUUGGAUAACUUACCAAGUGUCACCACCCAACAAAUUCGUGACCUAUACACUUUGUUGGGAUUUCUAACGGCCAUUGUCCUCUAUGUUCAGAGUGAAAGCUUACACCUGCAAGUUAUUUCAACUAUUAUCUCGGAAAUGACUUUAGCUUUUGACCGCGUCGUUACUAUAUCCUGCACUAUUAAUUCUGAGCAAACAGAGGUUAUGUACGUUAUUCUUGUCUUUUAUCUUAUACUGUGCUAUCAAGUUGACAAGAAUGAAACACAUUAUGCUACAAGAUUUCGACCUUUGGCACGGGACCUUGUCGCUAAACUCAUAGAGAACGAUCAGGACUCCCUUGCUGAAUGUUAUCGUUUUGUACGUGGUACCUCAGAGAAGUCUUUCAUGGAUACUCUUCUUCUUGAGGUUUGGAUUGUUAUACGCUUAAUUGUAACAAAUACUACUAAUGACAUGUUCUCAUUCUGGGAUAUUGUUAACUCCAUCCUUGAAAUAGCGGAGACGGAUAACAAAGACGUAAUCUUUCAUCUUGAAAAGAAAUGGUGUACUAUAAUAACGCUCAUUCCAAUGCUACAGUUCUCUUUAAAUGGGCAAGCUGAGUCACCCAAAGGUAAUGAGAACUGGGAUAUGGUUGUCAAGUUAUGCCGCCAAACAUUGGAAUUAUAUGCGAAAAGGAAGGAAUCUGGUCUAGAUCCUAAAUAUAUGAGGACCGUGUUUUUGCGAGUUCAUAUGCUUGUUUCUGAAUGGAAAUGGUUUCAUGCGAAUCUUGUCUUAGCAUUAUUUUUUGAUUUCUUCAGCCGAAGACGUUUCAUAAACUUGUCUAGUGAGAACACAUUCGAUCUUACCCCCGAUUUUCCACGUUUCAUACAAAGGCUUGACCAAAAUCUUCCAUUAUCUAUAAGUCCGCUAGACACAUGUUUUGUUAUAUUCUUGAAGACGGUUGUAUUGACUAUCAAUGGCUUGAAGAUGGACAACAGUAAUGUUUUACAAAUAAGACGUCUCAUUUCACGUCUGCAACCGUUGCACUUUCGCCAGUAUCCACGAGACAAGCCUUUUACCAUGCUUGAUUUUAUGUCGCUUCUCCAUAUUCAUUCAUUACUCAUCUCUUUAUUCUGGGCUUCUCCGAAGGAGUGUCAGUUCUCAAUAAAACGCAUUCAUGAUAGUGUCGUAUUUGAAAACUCUCAUGUGAAAGCCCGACUAAUAAGCCUUAAAUCCUGGUCACAUCUAAUGAGGUUUAUUAUGCGGUGUUCUGAUCGUGAUCAGCUUAAACAGUGUAUUGAUUGGUAUGACAGACUGCUUGAAACAAGUUUAAACGAAUACAAUGAGCUGCUUCAUGUGAAUCCUCGCGACACACACUCAAUGUUUGAAGAAAAGCUGUUUGUUUAUUCUAAGAAACAAGUGGAAAAGAGUAUUAUAUUCUGCUAUUAUUGCGUUCAAGAUUUAAUACCUAAUGUAACUGAGUAUUUACAUUCUACGAUUUCCCUUUUGACAGAGAAGAAUACCAAGCUUGUUUUACAGAGUACUAAUUCUCUUCCAGUUAGCGUGAUUGAUGCUUGUAUUGCAUUUCUGCUAAAAUUCUUUCAUUAUCAACUCAACUGUUCUAUUCCUAAGAUUGCUAAACUGAUUGAUAAUUCGGCCAUCAGUAGCCAGGAUUCUUUCUUUCAAAAUGAUGAAAUGGCGGAUGAAGAGCUUUAUUUGGAGCAGGAAAAACUUGAACGCAUUAGUGAAAUUGCCUUUUUUCUACGUGAUAAUGUUACGCCUUACAUUUAUCAGACACUUUCAGACUGGGUAGGAACAGAUAACCCCGAAGAGAUUAGCCGAGACUCUUUGCUGCAAUUAAUGGAAUGCAUGGUCACGUCUGCAUCUAUUACGGUUGAAGCUGGCAUUCGUUCUUGGAGUUUCUACGUCGACUAUGGCAGUGAGUCUUGGGAACGUAUACGGUCGACGAGACUUAAGCGACAAUUCACUGUAGAUUUUUACACCUUGUUAGCAGCGACAAAUAGCUCUUUUCUUCGUGAGCAACAUGAGAAACUUCUUAAUGUGUGGUUCGAAUCUCUUGGUUCGUUAAUUGAACCUCGAGGUGCUCAACUUACGGAGCUUUUACUUAAUCAUGAUGGUCAAAAUGAACUGCUUCACAACCUACCCAUAGCAAAAAGAGGUGAUAAAGCCAUUUAUACCGUUGAAGAGCAUGAAUUUAAACAACUUCAACCGACCAUUUUAACUACAGUCUUUUCAAACAUGUCUUCAUUGUAUGAAAAGUCUCUUCGCGAAGCUACAAAGCAAAACUCGAACUUCUUACAGAGGACGUUUGCGCAAUAUUUAACAUCUUUAUUAUCUACUAUGCAAAACGAGUAUGAGGAUCUUUUGCAUUCCGGCCAGGAAAGAAGCGUCUUUAUAAAAGCUUCACAAAGAAUUAUAGGCGACAUUCUUCAGUAUUGCAGCACAUUUGCCAACGAGAAAGUUUUACCGCCAUUGCGUUUUUUUCUCGAUGCAACAAAAUUUCCCCAACCACCUGAGCGUCUCAAGUAUUCAGCUUCUCGCUUAUGCGCGUAUGCAAGAAAAGGACUUAAUACGUAUGCAGGACAACAAUCAUUAAUUGGAUUUAUUAAAGCUAAUUGUGAUGUUGCCCUGAUAGAUGAUCGAGAGCAGGAUUUCGUCAUUCUCGUUCGCCUAGCAAUGGGAGAUAAUUCUUCAACACCUUCUUGUGUUCAAUGGGAUACACAAGUAUCAGAACUGCGCAAUUUCAUCCUUAUAGAAGUAUUAGGAAGUUAUCUAACAGAUUCUGUUUCUGUUAUGCCUCAUUAUGCCCGGCUCAUAAUCAAAGCAAUGGCUCAUACAUAUUCAACGUUCUGUUCCAUGCGUUUCAUUUCUGGUUUAGGUUCUUAUUUUUUAAAGGAAGUAUGGUCUAUUUCUCCUUUUAUCGUUCAAAGUAUUGACAGACUGGUUUACAGAAAUCGUGGUCUUGCUGGACAAAUGCUCAUGCUGGCCGCGAGUAUCGUUUCAGUAACACUAUCGUUACCAAGACUUCCCUUUUCAAAUAAGAUAUUACAGCUGUAUGCAAACAUCUGUCGUGAUUUUUGGCUUGAAUUAGCUUGGUCCAUAAAAGGGAUAGACCGACCUCCAGAGGUAAGACCCAAUGCUACUUCUUCACAGUCGGUUCCAAGCAAUGCAAUGUUGGUAAGAAAACAGUGUCUAAGUGAUUGGAUAUUUACAUCUUCUGGAUAUCGUCAUCGUACGCGUCAGAAGAUAUUGCUCGAUGUUAAAGAAAACGAACAAGAAGAAUCAUUCUGGGAGGGUAUAACUCAAUUAUCUUUUCAAUUCUUAAACUCUGAACCGACUUUUUUAGAUCCCGAAUUUGCAUUUUUUAAACAGUCUCUACGUACCUUUAAGCUGAACAACAUAGAAGCGGUAUCUGCCUUUGUCACACGAUCCCUUAAACUUUUUGGACUUUCAUGGCUUUUAUGUGAUACAACAACCUUGGAUGAUUGUAUUUUAUGACUAGAUCUAUGUCUCUUUCUCCUUACUCUCGUAUUGAGAAAGAGAUGUAAAACAUGUGCUAUAGACAAUAUAUUAAGUGUUCAUUUAUUAGCGGCUACUAGUAUAUUAAAAAUAGUAAAAUUGAUUCAUAACUUCUUUAA